GUGAAGGGGAGGGGAAGUGGAAAUGAAGUUGUGGCAGGAUAUUAGGGAUGGCUUGGGGUACAAGAUGGUGGCAGGACACCACCAGGUCUGACUGCCCUUUGGUGCCCCCAGGGCAGACUGGCGGUGGGGUCCGAUCCUGGCAGCUGGUGACUGGGCCUGCAGGGCCAGGCUGGAGCCUGGGACUGGCCGGGCCCUGCGGGAAAGCGGAGGAUGUGCCCUGCGGCUGGGAGGCUGAGAACGGCGCUGCUGGUCAUGGUGUCGGUGCUGCAGUAUGGGCAGGGCAAGGCCGGGGAGUGCAAGGGCCAUCGGCAUCUCUUACAGCAGCCAGGCCUGGUGUCUGAUGGCAGCGGCAACUACUCUGUCAAUGGCAACUGCGAGUGGCUGAUCCUGGCCCCCGACAGUAGGUUCCACAUAGUGCUGACCUUCACGUCUCUGGCCACCGAGUGCACGUACGACUACCUCUUUGUCUACGAUGGCGAGUCCUACGGCAGCCCCCUCCUGGCCAGCCUCAGUGGGAACACGCUCCCUGAGCCCAUCGAAGCUCGUUCGGGGAAGAUGUUGCUCCACCUCUUCAGUGAUGCCAACUACAACCUUGAGGGCUUCAACGCCAGCUUCAUCUUCACGCUUUGCCCGAUGGGUUGCUCGGGGCACGGGCAGUGCAAGGUCAGUGGCACUUGUGCCUGUCACCCGGGCUGGGGUGGAGCCGACUGCAGCGUCCAGGACUGCACCGAACACUGCGGGCGGCACGGUUACUGCGUCACGGGUCAGCUCUGCCAUUGCCAGCCAGGGUUCAUCGGUCACAGCUGUGACCUGUCCCUGAAUGACAACCAGAGUGCUGGCAGUUGGUACAACAUCAGCAGGUCUGACCCUGAAUUCAUGGGACGCACGGCUGCCGCUGGGACCUUCCUCAACACCACCAACUCCUUCUACAUCUUCGGUGGAUCGGACCUCAAUCAGAUUCUGGGCGACCUGCUUAUGUACAACUUCACAAGCAACCAGUGGCAGCGGAUCGUUCUCGACCCCUCUCCGGCAGCCCGGCACGCUCACAGUGUGGUGGAGUGGCGGGGAGGAAUGGUGGUGUUCGGCGGGCAGCUGCAGAGCGGCUCCCUGGCCAACGACGUCUGGCUGUACGAGCCGGGCCCCGAGCGAUGGAGGCUGCUGCGGCCCCGCAGUGCGCGGGCUCCCCCGGGGCUAGCCGCACACGCAGCCGCUGUGGUGGGGCAGGAGCUGUACGUCUUCGGAGGACGGACUGACGAGGACCGGUUCAGUGCUGCCAUGUUCCGUUUCCACCUGGAGCGUUGGGUCUGGGAGGAGGUGAUCCCCACGGGAGGGAAGAGCCCGGCUGUGGCCGGGCAUUCCAUGGUCUUCCACCCCGCCUCGCGCAUGCUGCUAAUCCACGGAGGCCACCGGAUCUCCCCAAGGUUCAGCUACCGGACGAACACAACACAUGCCUUCCACGUAGACCAGCGCUACUGGAGCACCUUGAAGUCUCGUCCAUCGGCUGCCAGCCCCGGGGAGCGAGCCUUCCACUCCGCCACCCUCAUCGGCAACUACAUGGUGGUGUAUGGUGGAAAUGUUCACAUUCAUUACCAGGAGGAGAAAUGCUACGACGACAGGGUCUACUUCUACCACCUGGGCUGCCACCAGUGGGUGUCCGGCGAGGAGCUUGGGCUGCUCAUCAGCACCGGAGAUGGUUGGGAGAACCGGUCGCUCCGGGGACGUUACGCCCACGUGGCCGCGCUGAUGAACGGGAAUGUCCUGCUGAUGGCGGGGGGCUUCAGCGGGAGGCCCCUCGCUGACCUGGUGGCCUACAAGGUUCCCAUCUUUGUGUCCCAGGUGUUGGUGCAGAAUGUGCACUUGGACUACUGCUCACUGUACGGAGAGGAGACCUCCUGCAGCAAGGACCCUGAAUGUGUGUGGUGUCAUUCGGGCUGUCAGACGUACCAGGCUCACAGUGCGUGCCCCCACGUUGGCUGUCUGGGCUUGGCGAGCCUCCUCUCGAACUGCCAGUCCUGUCUGGUGUUUGGUCAGAGCCGGGCACAGCCCCCACAAGCGCCGGGGGUCUUUGGAUGGUGUGUUCAGACCAGCUCCUGUCUCCCUGUUGCAGACCAGGCCAGGUGCCAGGUGGAGCCGGAGUUGGGGACCCAGGGGUGGUGGGGCGCGGACACCACAUUUGUCAGCUCCGUCGAGCAGUGUCAGAAGUUGAACUUCAUGCCCGGCGUUCACCUGGUGACAUACCUGCAACCCUACAACUGGUCACAGCCCGACAAGGUGGAGCUGCGCAUCAGCCCGUCCUAUGCGCAGAACCCCAGCACAGAGCUGGAAGCGGUGAUGGUGUUGCAAGGCUUCAUCCACCCAUUGUUCGCGGCUCCUGCCCCCUCCGAUAACGUCUUGGUCAAGGUGCAGCUCCAGCGGCUCUAUGUGGUGGCGAAAAUCGGCCGCUCCAGCAACAGCCUGGAGAUGGAGGAGGUGGGACACUGGGCUGGACAGCCAGAGAAGGAGGCCCGUCUGCUGCAGAGGAACAGUGGGGACAGGCUCUUCCCACUGCUCGAACGUGGCAAUAAGUACACCAUCCGACUGGAGGGCUCACUCAACAGCUCCGGCAAUGGCCAGACCAGCGAGAUGACCCUCAUCUGGGAGCGAUCCAAAGCCGUGGGGACCACAGAGAUCUCCUUCCAUUUCCUGGAGCCAUUCCGGUCUGACAGCUGUGACUCCUACCCUUCGUGCCUGGCCUGCCUGUCAGACCAGGGCUGCGGCUGGUGCCCAGCCUCCCACACCUGCCAUCAGCGCACGUCGGGCAUGGACAGUCAGUGCGGGCGUGACUUGCAGCUGGUGCUGGAGCCAGGGGACUGCCCGCUCUGUGGGGAGCACACGGACUGUCACACAUGUUGUGUGGACCCGUACUGCGAGUGGCACUCCAGCAGCAACAGGAAGGGGGACUUCCAAUGUAGCCGCCGGGGUCGAUCCCCCACCGGAAUCCGGACUCCUGCCCUCUGCCCCACACCCUGCCACCUGCGAUCGUCGUGUCAGGACUGCCUGAGCAACUCCAGCCAGUGUGCCUGGUGUCAAUCCACUCGAACCUGCUUCCUCUUUGCCGCCUACCUGGCCAAGUACCCGUCUGGGGAGUGCCGGGACUGGUAUGACAGCAUUCACUCGGUGAAGCAGUGUACGGACUGCUCCCACUUCUCCACCUGCAAAACCUGUCUCCAGAACUUCGAGUGCGGCUGGUGCGGGAAUUCUGACAAUCCCACCGUCGGCAGGUGUCUCCCCGGCGACUUCCGCAGCCUCUCAGUCUUUGCCAACUGCUCGGUGGCCCUGCAGGGUGUUUCAGGCUUGUCGGGGAGUGAGCCGGCAGACUGGUCCUACAGUGUCUGCCCGGAUAUCGACGAGUGCCGUCUCCAUCUGGACAACUGCCACCAGUUUGCCAUCUGUAGCAACACCUUCCAUUCCUUCCAGUGUCACUGCACACAGGGCUACGCCGGCGACGGGAGCUCCUACUGUAACAGGACGUGCUACAAUGAGUGUAGACAUGGCCGGUGUAGCGGGCCCCCUGACUUCGCUUGUAUCUGCGACCUGGGCUGGACUUCCAACAGCUCGUUGGUGAAUCAGACUGGGGUGGAGUGCAACAUCGACUGUGGCUGCAACUUCCACAGCGCCUGCCCCAAGGGCAUUGGCGCCUGCAACCAGUGCCAAGACUGGACGGAGGGUGAGCACUGCGAGUUGUGCCGGGCUGGGAGUUAUGGGAACGCCAGCGGGCCAGAGGGCUGCCGGCAGUGUGCGUGUAACGGGCAUGGGAUCGAUGCCUUGGGGCAGUGUGACAGGGCCACAGGGCACUGUUACUGCACCCACCACACCCAGGGAACCAACUGCCAGAGCUGUGCGCCCGGUUACUACGGAGAUCCACGGGACGGCGGGACCUGUUUCCGUGAGUGUGCUGGCCGCACCCUCCUGAGCAACGUCUCCUCGUCCUCAGCCCUGGGUUCCCUCAGGGGCAGCGGCAUCUCCAGCACCGGCCUCGCCUACUGCCUGUGGGUGCUCACCACCUCAGACUCGCCAGUGUCCUGCUCGGACCUUCAACUGGGCACCUGCCCCAUCAUCAGCCUCACCAUCAGCCCAGACAUUCGAAUCCAGUGUGGGCAAAACUACGUCUACGUUUUCGACGGGAUCCCGAGAUUCCUCACCGACUCCCAGCCGGAGAGUGCCAUCUACUCCGACCCACGGCUGAUCGGCGCCUUCUGCGGCAACGGCUGGGACCAGCCUAUCACGGUGGAGGCCCUCUCAGGAGUUCUGACCAUUUACUUCGAGGCCAACGUGUCCAGGCGGGCUGGUCUGUCCCAGGAGGGUUUAAAUGCCACCUACCACGUCCAUGGCUGCUCACCCCACUGCCCAGUUCACCACGUCUGCCAGGACGGGCGCUGUGUAUGCCAAGACAGUGUUUCCAGUUCAGACUGCCCAUCCCAGCCCUGCCCCAACAACUGCUCUCAUCACCUGCAGGCCGGCGUCUGUGACACAGAUUCGGGUCUUUGUGUGUGUGCGGAGGGAUAUGCCGGGAGAGAUUGCGGAUCUCAGACACACCCGGGAACGAUCAUCUGGGAGACGCUGACAGUGACUGGAGAAGAGGGAUCGGACAGCGGGAUCCCGCAGCCCCGGCUGGGACAUUCGAUGGUAGAGGGUCCCGGCUCCACCCUGUGGAUCUUUGGAGGCCUCUCGAUCAGAGACGGGAUGUUGAACAGCCUGUACAGGUACUCUGUUCCUGAUCGGCGUUGGAGCCGGCAGGUCAGCGAGGGACCCAACGCGAGGUACUUCCACGCAGCUGCCUCCAGCCCGUCCCACGACACCAUGUUUGUGCUGGGGGGCCUGACCCCCUCCGGAGUCACCAACGAGUUCUGGAUCCUCGAUUUGUCGACGCUGCAGUGGAGGCUUCAGAAGUCGGAGCUGAUCCCCCCCGUGGCUGGACACACUCUCACCCAGUGCCGCAACUCGUCGCUGCUACUGCUGGUGGGGGGGUACUCCCCCCAGAACGGCUUCAACAACAGAUUGCUGCAGUACAGCGUAGACACGGGCAGCUGGCGCCUGGAGCAGCACACAGGAACGGCACCCACAGGUCUCUACGGUCACUCCGCUGUAUAUCACGGCCCGACUGACGCCAUCUACGUCUUCGGUGGUUACCGGUUCUACUUGGAGACAGUGUCGGCCUCUGCCGAGCUCUACAGCCUGCACCUCGGCACCCUGACCUGGAGCCUCCUGGCACCUUCCCACAAUUCCAAGCCGCUGCCCCGGUUUUUCCACACGGCCGGCCUGUUCCAGGACUCGAUGGUGGUGGUGGGAGGUCGCUCCAGCCAUCAAGACUUCAGUGCCGACCUCCUCUUCUACCAGGUCAACUGUAACAGCUGGCUCAGCCCCAACACUUCAGGACUGUCGGUGGUGGGGGAACCGAUGAAAGGGUCCAUCGCUCACGCCGCGCUCCCCUUGCGGGACCGGCUGUACGUCCUGGCGGGGUACCAGGGCGUGGCCCUGGGUUCGCUGCUCUCCCUCUCCGUCCCGCGCGAUCCCUGCCUGGUCUUCAGCAGCCCCGCAGCCUGCAACACCAGCGCCAGCUGUGUGUGGUGCCACUCCAUCCACAACGGCAGCUGCCUCUCCACCGACCAGGCCUACAGGUUGGGACUGGAGCCAGGUAGUUCCCACUGUGACCCACUGCCCCGGCACCCGGAGACCUGUCGACACCUCAGGACCUGCAGUGAGUGUCUGGCCCUGCACCCCCGGCUCCUGGGACAGCCACAGCGCCUGAGGUGCAAGUGGUGCACCAACUGCCCUGAAGGGGCCUGCAUCAGCACCAAUGCCAGUUGCAGCAAGGAGAACGAUUGCCGCAUCAACCAGCGCGAGAUCUUCGUGGCCAGCAACUGCUCUGAGAUCUCCUGUGAAGCUUCCGACUGCCACAAGUGCACGUCCUCCGGCAAGUGUAUGUGGACCCGCCAGUUCAAACGCACAGGCGAGACCCGCAGGAUCCUCAGUGUGAGCCCCGCCUACGACUGGACCUGCUUCAGCCACUCGCUCCGCAACGUGUCUCCGAUGCCAGUGGAGUCCUCGCCCCCGGAGCCCUGCCCCACCCCCUGCCACAACCUGACCAACUGCGCCGACUGCCUCAGCUCCUACGGCUCCGAUGGCGGGUGGCAGCAGUGUGUCUGGAGCGUGGCCCUGCAGCAGUGUAUGAGCCCCAGCUUUGCGCCGCUGCGCUGUGCGGCAGGGAUGUGCGGCCGGACCCUGCGGGGGUCGAAGGCGAGCUGCAACCUGUCGUGCGCCAGCUACCAGCAGUGCUCUCACUGCAUCCGGCACUCCCACUGUGGCUGGUGCUCCACCCGUGGCCUCAACGGCAUCGGACGCUGCAUGCAGGGUGGCCUUCAUGGACCCUGGGACGGCGGGGCCCAGGGCUGCGGGGAAGUCGACGGCACAUGGGCCUUCAUGUCCUGCCCUGCGGAGAACGAGUGUCUCAACGGGCACCAUGACUGCGACGAGACGCAGAACUGCACUGACCGGCCCCAGGGCUUCGAGUGUGUGUGUCGUUCCGGCUACAUGCAUGACAGCACGCUGGAGAUGUGCCGUCCGGUCUGUGAGCAGGGCUGUGUGAACGGGACCUGUGUGGAACCCAACAACUGUCGGUGUCACUUUGGCUACGUGGGCCGCAACUGUUCUGUGGGGUGUUACUGCAACCAGCACAGCGAGUGUGAGAGCGUCACUGCCCGCGACCGCUGCCUGCACUGUGUUAACAACACCAAGGGGGAUCACUGCGAGAAGUGCCAACCGCUGUUCGUGGGCUUGGCGGUGGAUGGCGGGACGUGCAGACCCUGUAGCGUCUUCUGCAACAACAACAGCGACGUCUGCGUCACCAAAGAGCAGUACAACCUGUGGCUGCAGGAGCCCCAAGGACACCCGCUGGACCCAGCCCAGAUUGGGAGCUGGGUGAGCGAGGGCCCGACAGAGGAGAAUGCCGUGUGCGUCCGGUGCCAGAACAACAGCUCAGGGGAGCGCUGCCACUCCUGCCUCGAGGGUUACUUCUUGCUUGACAACAAGUGCACCAAGUGCCAGUGUAAUGGGCACUGGGACCGGUGCAGAAUCUCUGAUGGUACAGAGUGCCUGUGUCAGAACAACACGGAGACCAGCUGCCCCACCGCUCAGGCCGAGAGGAAGGACUGCUACAAAUACCAGUGCGCCCGCUGCAAGGAGAACUUCCUGGGAAACCCGACGCAGGGCCGCCAGUGCUACCGACAGAUCACGGUGGAGCAGGAGUACUGCUUUGACCCCACCUCGCAGAGCAACUGCUACCACGAGCCCCACGUCCGCAACCUGCCGGCCGGCCGCACCGUCUUCUUCGCUGUGCAACCCAAGUUCACCAACGUGGACAUCCGCAUCACGGUGGACGUCACCUUCGGCGCCGUCGACGUCCACCUCUCCAACUCGCACUCUUCCUUCGCCGUGGCCAUUGACCCGCUCACGGGCCAGCACCUGGUGAGGCUGGGCCGAGCGGAGGGCGAGGUCGAGGGGGGCGCGCAGAACGCCAGCCUGCCGCUUCCGGCGGCCCCACAGCUGAGGGAGGAGCGGGCCGAGGGCCUGACCACCUACGUGACGGUACAGAGCCCGCAGACGGUGCUGGUGGUGCGUGGGGUGAGCCAGCGACUAGUGGUCACCUACCCGUACCGCCUGCACGCCCUCAAGACCCAGCGGUUCUUCCUUGCGCUGCUGGGAGCGGGCCCCGGCGAGGCGCAGGGCCUGCUUUUCUUCCGCCAGGACCAGGCCCACAUCGACCUCUUCGUCUUCUUCAGCGUCUUCUUCUCCUGCUUCUUCCUCUUCCUCUCGGCGUGCGUGCUGCUCUGGAAGGCCAAGCAGGCGGUGGACGCCCGGCGGGAGCGCCGUCGGCACCUGCAGGAGAUGGACAAGAUGGCCAGCCGCCCCUUCGCCCGCCUCACCGUUUGCCUGGAGCCCGAGGCCCGGACCCCCUUCCCUCCUCCUGCCCCGCCCCUUCCCGCCCUCCUCCUGCCCCUGCGGCCCCGGCAAAGCCGCCGCACUGGGGAGCUGCUGCCCCCCUUCCUCCCUCCACCCCAGCCGCCGGUCGCCCCCCCUCCUCACCUGCCCCUCCCGCCCACCAUCGCCAGCGGCAGCUUCCGGGUGGGGCCGGUCACGCUGGAGCCCACCGAGGACGGCCUGGCGGCCGUGGCCACCCUGCUGUUCCAGCUGCCAGGCGGGCCCCUCUCCCCAAACCGCGCCUGCCUGGGUUCUGCCCUGGUCAGCCUGCGCCACGGCCUGCAGGAGUACUGCUCGGCCGCGCCCCUGGCCGGGCCCUGCCGCAAGGGAGGUGUGCUCAGCCACGACAACCUCACCAGCAUGUCCACCUAGGCGUGGGCUGUCCCUCCCAAGCCCGGUCAGCGAGUGGGGAUCUGAGGGGGGUGAGGCUCUCUUCCAGCCCUCGGUCAGGGUGGGCUGGGAGGCUUUUUACAUUCUCGAUACAGCCCUCACCCCCACCCCAUUCCCAGUCCCUUGUGGGAUGCUCGGAGACGUCUGCCUCCUCUGUCUAGCCUCACGCAGACUGCUCCAUCCUCCGUCUGGUGUCGCAGAAAUGUCUGACUCCUCCCUCUCUCAGACUGUCAUGGCGACGUCUGACUUCCUGGCCAUUUGGUCUCCCGCAGAUGUCUGCCUCCCGGUUUAUCACUUCUCCCAAAAGCGGCUGUCUAUUUUCCCAGAAACGUCUGCCUCCUUAGCUGUCCUGUUUCUGGCAGAUAGGUGUUUCCUCAGACGUCCAGUUUGGGCCCCUUUGUCUGUCCCGACUCCAGAGGUGGGUGGCACUGGUGCAGUGAUCAGGUACUCCAGCAGGCACUGGGUAAUCCGUCCUCCCCCCACCAACAGAACUCAGAGCCCAGUGCCACGCUGUGUAAGUGUCAGUGGGUGUUGGGGCCCAUGGCACCCUCUCCUCGUACCACCAUCACCCCGCUGCACUGUAGCAGGUGAACAGGCAGCUAGAGGGAGUGGUCCUGGCUGUUGGGAGGUCCCGGUCCCAGGAGAUUGCAGCAGGUCCUGGAUCCACAUCCCAGAUCUGACUCCCAACACCUAACCGCUAGCAAACGUCCCUGUGGGGAACACCGUUGACAAUCUGCCUCCUCCCAGGCCUCUCCACCAUCUGUCGUCAAGGCAGAACAAGCUGUCCGCCUACCCAAACACAACCUGUUCACGGAGCCAGGUGAGACCGAUGUCACCUCCGGCACUCGCCAGCUCCACUCUGCCCUGUCCUGCAGAGGCACAGAAUGAUCUUGAAUGGUAGUAGGCCUGUGGCCCAUCGACCUGCAACCCCUGCUGAGCAACCAUUGGACAUGGAAGCACAUCACCUGAAGGGUUGUGGCGCUUCCAGCGUAUGGGUCAUCUCUUUUCCCUCCAGGACCUGGGCGAUCCCCACACAACAGAAAACAGAGCCUCGGCCCAUCUCGGGGGAUUUGGCAAGCCAAGGAUUGGAAUAGCACACCUGUGCUCUCUGGUUGGGACCUCAGUGUGUGGCAGGAGACGGUUGAAACUUCUCCUCUUUGCCAGUUUGGGUGGUGGCCUGCCAGUGGGAAAGAGGGGCUGAGGGACAGGCUUUUCGAAGCCGAGGGUGGUGGGUAUGUGGAACGAGUUGCCAGAAAAGUCAGGGUACAAUGACAACAUCCAGAGGUAUUUGACUAGGUGCACAGAUGGGCAAGUGGAGGGAUACAGGCCUGCUGUGGGCAGAUUGAAUUAGAGAACCCUUCUGGUCAGCAUGGACGAGCUGGGCUGAAAGGAUGUGUUUUUAGGCUUGUGAGGCUUGCAUACUAUCCCUAAGUCCAUUGAAUAUGUGAUAGUGCAUCCCCAAAAUCCCUCUGUCCCUGAGGGUCCUGCCCAUUGAGAGUGUACUCUACCCUCACAUUUGUCUGGGUUAAAUUCCAUCCACCAUCUCCGCCACUUCUGUAUUUACGCUACUGUAUCCUUUGACAGGUUUCCUCACUUUGUGUCACCUACACAUACUCAUCAGCCCCCUACAUUUUUCUCUGAAUAUCCUGUGGAUUCUGGUUAAUUGGGAAACAUCGGGACCCGUACACGUUGCCUCAAAUACUCAGCUGCCCCAAUUAGACACUUUAAUGGAAAUAGUCAUAAAGGUUUAAAAAAAGGCAACCUCCUGUUUUAACUGAGUAACAAAUUAUUUAUUUAAUUGAAACACGGAACAAGUUAGAACACUGGCAAGAGUACUCAGUACUAUAAAACUAUUAGUUCCUAAUAGUUAUCGACGGAGGAUUCAUCCAGAGCACAAUGCUGUCUUCUUUCGCUGACUGCACAUGAACAAAAUCCAGCUGACAGCUAGGGUAAUUUUUUUCAAUUAGUAACAAAUUGGCAAAUUUUUUGGUGGCUUCUUGACAAGGGUUUGAAAUGUUUUAAGUCAGAUUUAAAAAAAAACACAGAUGAUCAAAUAUUGCUUUCGAUGACCUAAAGGGAUAGCAACACAAGAACAGACUAUUGCCGCUAUUUGGAGAGUUUGCUCUAUGCCUGAUGUCAUGUCUGAUGGCCAUGCUUGUGUACACGACUGACGCUGUUUCGGAACUGUUCGGCAACAGACUCCUGCCCCAGUUAAAUGGCAUAGUGUCGCAAAUAAACAUAGUCCUGGCUAUUUUCUCGAUUAGAUUUUGUUCUUUAAGAGUUGCCCCAAAUAAGCAGCUGCCUGAGUAACCGAUGGUCCAAUUAACCGGAAUCCACAAUGUAUUUGUAUGUAUGUAUAUAUAAGUGUGGGUGUGUGUGUGUGAAUGUAUGUAUAUAUGCAUGUGUGUGUAUAUAUUAUGUAUAAAUGUACAUUUUUUUAUUCUCACCCCUUAUGGAUGGUGUGUAUGUGUAUUUUUCCCUCAAUCUUGGGUCCUCUACCAUAAGACAUAGGUGCAGACAAAGGUCCAUUCAGCCCAUUCCAUCAUGGUGAUCUCAGAUCUCACUCAACCCCUUCUCGCCAUGUCCUCUGAUGCUCUGACAGAUCAGGAACCUAUCAACUUCCACUUUAAAUAUACUUGGCCUCUACCGCAGUCUGUGGCAGAGCAUUCCAUAGAUUCACUACUCUAUGGCUAAGAAAGUUCCUCUUUACCUCUGUUCUAAAAGGUUGCCUCUCAAUUUUGAGGCUGUGCCCUCUAGUUCUGGAUAUCCCCAUCAUAGGAAACAUCCUCUCCACAAUCACCUUAUCUGGUCCUUUCAACAUUCAGAAGGUUUCAAUGAGAUUCUCCCCCGCCCCCCCCCCCCCCCCACAACUGCAUUCUUCUAAAUUCCAGUGAGUACAGGCCCAAAGCUGCCAAGUUCUCCUCAUAUGUUAACCUCUUCAUUCCUGGAACCCUCUCUAAUGACAAGACAUCUUUUCUGAGAUAUGGGGCCCAGAACUGUUGACAGUACUCCCAAGUGUGGCCUGGCUAGUGUCUGAAAAAGCCUCAGCAUUAUCUGUCUGCUUUUAUAUUCUAUUCCCCUUGAAAUAAAUGCCAACAUUGCAUUUGCUUUCUUUACAGCAUACUCGAUCUGUAAAUUAAUCUUCUGGGAGUCUUGCACGAGGUCUGCUAAGUCCCUCUGCACUUCUGAUGUUGGAAACCUCUCCAUUUUCGAUAAUGAAGAUAUUUAGAUAAUACCAAAGGCCUGGGAACUUGAGGGCUUGAUGCAGUUUCCUUGCUGUUCCUAGUAGUGUGCUCUUCUAGACCGAGAUCUCAGAUGUUGUUCUUGGGACUUGUUGGCAUCACUGUCCUAGACCAGAUGACACAGCUCCAAGUGCUCCUAUCACCUCUGGGAUUACUCUGGCUUUAACCUUCCACAUCCACAUCCUUUCUAUCUGCUGUUUCAAGCCCUAGUGUUUCUCCAGCUUCUCGUAUGCUUUCUUCCUGUCAUUUGGGAUUGCCACAUCUACUAUUGCUUUCUUCUGUUCCAUGUCGGGUAUUGCUAUGUCUGGUUGGUUUGGCAGUACCUGCUUAUCAGUGUGUGUUUGGAAAUCCCACGGGAUCUUAGUAUUUGUAGCUGUCCUGUGUUUCUGGUAUGUGGCCUUCAGGUGACUCAACUCUUUCAGUAUGAGUGUCACUACCAUCAGGUCCAAAAGACAUCCUGAUGAUUCUGCUGUAGACCUUGUCAGGUGGAUUAGUGACUCAGUGUCUCUUUCAUUUCUGGCAUGCAGCUUGAUGUCAUCCAUGUACAGGAGGAGGCUGAUGGUCUCUCCACUCUUGAACCUAUUCUCCUAUCCACUCUUUGAGGUGAACUGGCUGAGGGGUUUCAAGGCUAUGCAGAACCACAGUGGGGACAGUGCAUCACCCUGGUCUAUUCCACAUUUGAUGGUCACUUGUGCUAUUUGCUUUCUGGCAUUAACCAUGGUCCACUGAGUUCUUGAUGAAGGUCCUUGGUGUCCUGUUGACCUUGUACAGAGACAGGCCUUCCAGAAUCCAUGUGUGGGGCAUUGAGUAGUAUGCUUUCUGGUAGUUGAUCCAGGCUGUGUUUAGGUUGGUUCGCCUGGUCUUGCAGUCUCACCUGACUGUUUUGUCCACCAGUAGUUGGUGCUUGGAGCCUCUGGUUCCAUUACCAAUCCCCCCCCCGAGCAGGGUUGAGGAAUUUACACAUGUCCUUUCAUCUUGGUGGCUGUGAUGUCCAAUGGGAGCUUUCUUUUUGAAGACAGGCCAGUAGUUUGGUGGUGUUGCUCCUUUGUGAGCAUUGUCCUUCCAUGAGUUAGCCAGUCCGGAUGGGAGCCUGCUUCAAGCAUCUGGUUCAUUUGAGGUGCUAGCAGUGAACGUGAAGCUGUUAGUUUCUUCAGCCAGUAGGCGUGGAUCGUGUCGGGCUCCGGUGAUGUCCACUUGCUCCCUGUUGCUGGACUCCUACUGCUGUGAUGGUGAGCGGUUCUUCCUCUGGGAGAUUGUAGAGGUUUGCUCGUGGGUCUUUCAGCCACUGGGGCUGGUGUUCUGUGACACUUCUUUCUCCCACGUGCUUUUCCAGUGCUGCUCAGGUGCUGUUCUGUUUGGUUCAGGUACUGGCAUAUUGUUGGUCUGGAUCUGUGCAAAUACUUUUCCUGUUUCUUUGGAGAAGGGUGCUUUUAUUUGCUGGCCUUAAUGUACCUGUGUAGUCUGGUAGCCAGAGCUGUUAACCGUUACUGGGCAGUUUUCAAGGCUUUGGCUGUGGGCGUUCCUCUGUACUUCCUUAGUAACCGCGAUGAGUCUUUUUGCAGCUCAGUUAGUUUGCUGACCUCUGCCUUGUGGUUUUCAUCUUGGCUUCAAAUUGUCUCCGGCUUGGGUUGUAAGAGUACUCUCCACUUGAUUUCAUUUUGUAGCCCAGCAUUUCUAGAAUUUCUGCUACCAACGCAUAUAUCAGGUUAUUGACAAUAGAUGAUAGAUUAAAACUUGUCAUAUUAUAGUCACCACCUCUUAAUGGCUCCUUUACCUUGAGUUCCCUUAUCAAAUCCGGUUCAUUACACAACACUAGACCCAGAAUUGCCUUCACCCUGGUAGGCUCCAGUACAAGCUGCUCUAAGAAUCCAUCUCAUGGCACUCCACAAACACCCUUUCUUGGGGGUCUGGUACCAACCUGAUUUUCCCAGUCUACCUACAUGUUGAAAUCCCCCAUGACAACCAUAGUAUUACCUUUGCAACAUGCUAAUUUUAGCUCUUGAUUCAACUUGCACCCUAUAUCCAGGCUACUAUUUGGGGGCCUGUAGAUAACUCCCAUUAGGGUCUUUUUGCCCUUACAAUUUCUCAGUUCUAACCUUACUGACUCUACAUCUCCUGAUUCUAUGUCACCCCUCGCAAGGGACUGAAUUUCAUUCCUCACUGACAGCCACCCCACGCCCUCUGCCCACCUGUCUGUUCUUUCGAUAGGACGUAUACCCUUGAAUAUUCAUUUCCCAGCCCUGGUCCUCUUGCAGCCACGUCUCUGUUAAUCCUACAACGUCAUCCUUGCCAAUUUCCAACUGAGCCUCAAGUCCAUCCACUUUAUUUCUCAGUUAAGUUGGAGGUUGCAGUUGUGAGUGGCUGUUUCUAGCAUGCUGCUGGAUGGAAUUUUAUCAUUAAGUCUGGAGAGCCUAGUUCGUUGAGUGAUGGUCACUAGUUUAACUAUGACCUUUUCUCUGAUUGCUGCAGCCAGCGUCAAUGUGAGUUUCGAACUUGCAUUUCCCUUGUGCAAGGUGAUGCAACAUCUGUGAGCUGUGGAGGUGGGUUCUGAGGUGAUGCUGGUUGUAUGUUUUCUAAUUCCAGAUGUGGUAGCAAUCCACUGCUGACAGUGUUUGAUCGCUGGGUAACCAGAUGUUUUUCUGUGAAUGCAGACGAUAGUCUUUAUUGUUGUCAGAGUUCCCUGUAUGUAUCCUCUUUCAGCCAAAUUAUCACCAGCCCAUUGGCACGGGCCUUGUUAAUCCAGGUGACGUCCAAUUGAUUCUUCCACAGAGCCUGGAUGGUUCUCAGUCUUGACCAACAGGGAUGUAUAUAACAAUACUGUGCAAAAGUCUUAGGCACAUGUAUAUAGCUAGGAUGCCCAAGACCUUUGCACCGUACUGUAUUUGUCAACAUGGAGCAGUCAGCGAGUUAGUAAAUCUAGUGGGAAGUAUAUAUUACGCACAUGCAAAAUGCUGGAAGAACGCAGCAGGUCAGGCAGCAUCAUGGAAAUGAGCAGCCCACAUUUCUGGCCAAGACCCUUUCAGGACUGGGCCUCCUCCCUAAUGAGAAGGAGGCAUGUCCAGGAUGGUGAGUGUCCUUAAUGAUGGGCAUCUUCUUGAGGGGCUGCCUUUUGAAGAUGUCUUCACCCACUACCAUCUCUUCGAUGAUCAAGCGACUUUUGAAUCCAAUCCAGCAAGUCUCUGUAGAUCCUACGUGCUUUAAUUUUUAGUAUCAGCUUACCAGGAGGAACCUUGUCCAAAGCUUUAUUGAAGUCCAUGUAGGCAACGUUCACUGACCUACCCUCAUCAUCUCUUCAAACGAAAAAACUCAAUCAAGGUUGUAAGACUUGACUUCCCCCACAUAGCCAUUGCUUCUCCUCAGAACCUCCAGUAAAUUCCCUACCACUGACAAAAUGUUUGCCACCCUGUAAUUUUCUGUGUUAUCUCUGUAGCCCCUCACUGCCUUCCUUACCUCUGGGAGCUCACCUGUGGCUGGAGAGAACAUAAAAUCUCUGUCAAAGCUGCAGUGAUCUCCUCUCUUGCUUCUUUCAAUAACCUGGGAUAGAUCCCAUCUGCCCUGGAACAGCAGCAUACCCCUCCCUGAUCUCCAUGUCCUUUGUGAACACCAGUGUGGAGUAUCCUUCUGUGUCCUCCAGGCACAAAUGCCUCCUUUCAUCUUGAAUGGUCCUACCCUCUCAUUACCCACUCGAUUUUAAAGUAAGUAUAAAAUGCUUUGGGUUUCUCUUUAAUUCUACAAGAACAUUUCAUAGCCCCCCUUUAGUACUCCCAGUUCCCUAUUUAAGUUCUCCCCAGCUUCUUUUAUAUUCCUCAAACCUCCUGUUUAAUUUCUUGUAUACACUUUCUCUAAUUUCUGUAUCCAGGUUUCCUCACUCUUUGCAUUGAAAUAAAUGCAUCAGACCUUUCAACUGACUCUGACUGCCCUCACAACCUUACCAGGCCUAAUGCUGGCCCUCAACCCCUCCACUUGCUGACACACAGGUCACGUUCCCACCCCCUUGCCAGGCAGCUGCAGCAAGCAUGUUGGUCAUCCUUUAUGUACAGGUCCUGCCCGCUCUGGAAGAGAACCCAGUGCUCCUUGUAGGUGAAGUCCUCCCUCCUGCAUCAACUUCUCGGCUACAUAUUUAACCCCCCCCCCCCCCCAGCCUCCCUCCCCACUGCCACUUGCUGCAAACCAAGGUCUGGGAGAGACCCCGGCAGAGCCACAUUUGGCAGUCUGAACACCACGUCUUCUGUACGGCAUCUGUUAUUUUUUCCUGCAGUUUCCUCGUUAAGCAUGGAGUUCCCCUUCACCUGUUGCCCCAAGAGUUUCGCCUUUGCUCAGUGUACAACCCAGCUUGCUCGCCACCGUGGUUGCUUGUUGAUCUCAUAGCUGAGCAGAACAGAGAAGCGAAAGCAGAGAGUGUAUGUCUCCUGUUAGCCAUGUCAACAUUGUCAGGUGUAACUGUACUGGUCCUGAGCCAAAGUCACACAGAAUAGAAGCAAGCCCUUCAGCCCAACAUGUCCAUACUGACCAAGUUAUUCACUGUACUACUUACAUUUGCCCGAGUUUGGCCCAGUAUCCCUCUGAACCUUUCCUAUCCAUGUACCCAUUUGUCAACAUUCUUUUAAAUGAAAUUACUAUGCCUUCCUCUGGCAGCCUGCUCCAUAUGUUAUCCUUUGUGUGGAAAAUGGUGUCCUUCGGGUCACUUUAAAAAUCUUUAACCAAUGUCCUGCCUUCCUCCCCUUUUCAGAUCCCUGUACCCUGGGGAAAAUAUUGUGACUGUUCACCUUGAUGGUGCCCUCAUGGUUUGAUAAACCUUUAUAAGGUCACCCCUACGCUGACCCAGCCUCUCCAGCUUCUCAUACCCAAAGGCCUCAAAGAAUCUCAAAUCAUUGCUGCCCUUUCCAGUGACCAGAACUGCACGCAGUCCUCCAAAUGUUGCCUUCCCUACGGUCUUGUACUUCCCAACCCCUGUAAUCCUCGUCAGUAUCUUGAACUUGCACCACUACCUCCCUAUGAUGAGGCACAUUGCUCAUUACUGUUAACGACACUAAGAAUUCCAUGAGAUCCCCCUGAUGUGCAGUGCAAUGCUGCUGUCUGACAACAGGUACAACGACACUUGAUCCCGGAAUGGAACGCUCUCUGUCGAUAUCUGAGGAUUCUGUUGGCUGUAUACCACAGCACCACAAUCUGCCCACACUGUUGAACAAAGGGAACUCAAGCUCUUGAGCCAUGACGGUGUCGUCCUGGGAAACUCCUGCCUCAACUCUUGCCAACUGCAGUAGCUUUAACUGCUCGAUUUGAUAUCAGGUGGAUAUAUUCAGUGGGUCAGGCAGUGUCUGUGGAGGGAGAACCUUUUAUCACAAGGGCAGGUCCUACGUGGCUGCAGGUCCCAAACAGCAAGAGUCUUGUCCUGCACCCUGUUCACCAAGUGAGAAUAUUUCAGGAACUAGUAUCUGAAUGUUACCACCCACAUCGUUUAGUGUGGCUGAUCAGUAUUAUAUGUUCCCCUCUUCUUGGACUGUUUCCCUGAUAAUCUGCCUUCAGUUCACCUGAGUGACGCUGGAAGGCAUUUCGAGUGACAUUCGUGGAAACCAUCUGGGAAUGACUGACAACAGGAAUCUCAGUCCCUGUAUAAAGGAACCAGUACAAACAGGGAAUGCAACAAGCAGCUGUGUAGAGAGGAGUGGGUGAAGAUCCAGCUGGCCUGCAAGCAUUUCCAGCAUUUUGUUUUCCAGUAUGUGCUGAUUUUUUUCUCCUUUUUUAGUUGAAUAAACUAUUUAAUUGGUAAACCCA